CUGUCAUUUUAUGCAAGGAAAGUGAAAGGAACUGUAUUCUCUUUAAGACAGACAUGGCUGCUGAUUCUGCUGCUCGGGAUCCUGUGAAGGAUCUCUGUGAGGAAGCCACUUGCUCUAUUUGCCUGGAAUAUUUCAAGGAUCCUGUGUCCUUAGAAUGCAGGCACAACUUCUGCCGAGAUUGUGUGACCCAGUGCUGGGAGAAAUCAGGCACCACAGAGACCUUUUGUCCUCAGUGCAAGGAAAGAGUUCUGCAAAGCAACCUCAGACCAAAUCCGUCACUAGCCAAUAUUGUCAAAAUAGCUAAGGAACUCAGCCUUCAGGGGCCUAGGAGAGCAGAAGGCAGGGAAAGGGUCUGUGAGAAACACCAGGAGCCCCUCAACGUUUUCUGUGAAGACGAUGGAACCUUUAUUUGUGUGGUGUGUGACAGAUCCAAGGAGCUUCGGGAUAACAGAAAGAUUCCUCUGGGGCCAGCUGCUCGAGACUACAAGGUGGACUUGGCUUCUUCUGCUGCUAAAGAUCCCACUGGGUAUGAAAUCACUUGUUCUGUUUGCCUGGAGUAUUUCAAGGAUCCAGUGACCUUAGAAUGUGGGCACAACUUCUGCCAAUCUUGCGUCACCCAAUACUGGGAGAAGUCAGACACUCAGGAGACCUCCUGUCCUCAGUGCAGGGAAAAGGUUCAACAAAGGAACCUCAAGUCAAAUUGGUACCUAGCCAACAUUAUAGAAAUCACCAAGAAACGACCACAGGGGCAGAAAAGGGCAGAAGACCAGGAGAGAGUCUGUGGGAAACACCAGGAGCCCCUGAAGCUUUUCUGUAAAGAUGAUGGAACUCCCAUUUGUUGCGUGUGUGACAGAUCCAAGGAGCACAAAGAUCAUACAGUGAUCCCCGUGGAGGAGGCUGCUCAAGAAUACAAGGAGUUGAUGAGUGUUCGUCAGGAUAUUCUGGAGAAGGAGAAAGAAAAAAAUCUGAUAUAUAAAGCAGAAACAAACAAGGAAGCCCAAGCCCUUCUUAAGCAAAUAGAAGAAAAAAUGGAAAAAACCUUAGAAGAAAGCACACAAGUGCGUCAGUUUCUAGAAGAACAAGAGAAACAUAUUCAGGUCCAGAUGGAAGAGCUGAAGAAGCAGAUUACAAGGAAAAGAGAUGAGCACUUGGUUCUAUUAUCCCGGAAAGUUUCCUCUCUGGAAAGUCUCAUCCAGAAGAUGAAAGAGAAAUGUCAGCAUCCACCAGUUGAACUGUUGCAGGAUGUGGGAAGCAUUUUGCAGAGGAGUGAAGAGAAGAAAAUAUUUGAGAAACGAGUGGCUUUCCUUCCAAAGCUGAAAUGGAAAGUCUGGGAGUUUUGUGAUCUAAACUCUGGUCUAUCUGCUGUUAUGAAGCAAUUCCGAGGUACUCUAUUACCCAAGCUAGAGCUUCAGAAAGCAAAUGUCUCUCUGGAUCCAGACACAGCAUGUUCCUAUCUUGUUGUGUCUGAAGAUCAUCAAAGAGUGAGAUGGGAAGCCAAGAAUCAAGACGUGCCUGACAAUCCGGAGAGAUUCAACCCCCGGGCUUAUGUGUUGGGACACGAGGGCUUCACAAAGGGCAGGCAUUUCUGGGAAGUUGUUGUGGAAACAGAAGGAGGCUGGUCUGUGGGGGUAGCCAAGAAAUCUGUCAGGAGAAAAGGCCGUGUUACCGUUAGUCCUAAGGAAGGGAUCUGGGCUCUGGGCAACUGGGCAGGAAGCUAUCGUGCUAUCAUUCACCCUUCAAACUCUGCUCUGUCCCUGACUGGAAAGAUCAAGAGAGUCAGAGUGUGUCUGAACUGUGAUGUAAAUCAGUUGGCUUUUUACAAUGCUGAUACAGGAGACCAGAUCUACAAACUCUCAAAUGUCCCAUUCAUCGGAGAGACUGUCGUCCCAUUCUUUAACGUGGGUAGAGGUGGCCAACUCAAAGUCUCACUUUAAAGCAGCCUGGUCACAAGCUUUGCUUUCUAAAGGUUACAAUAGGGUAGUGAAACUCUUCUCAGCAAGUGUUAUUGAUAUGUAGAAAAUUGUUUCUGAUGUUAUUUUACAUUAUUUUAAGAUAACUGUAUUGACUGUAUUCUGCCCUGAGUGUGUUGCGAGAGAUGAACUGUUUUAUUGAAUAAAUAUAAAUAAUAUAAAACUUGAAAUAUAUUUCUCACUAAGGCCCCAUCUACACUGCCAUAUAAUCCAGUUUCUGAAUCCAGAUUAUCUGCCUUGAAUUGGAUUAUAUGACAGUGUAGACAUAUAAUCCAGUUCAAAUCAGAUAAUCUGGAUUCAGAAACUGGAUGAUAUGGCAGCGUAAAUCCAGCCUGACUGAUGCCCUUUCUUAUUUCUCCAAGGAAGGUUUCACCAGUACCAGUCCACAAAACACUCCCAUUCAUUUUUAACAAAGGCUGUCUUAAAAUCUCACUUAAAGCAGCCAAGCCCACCCCAUAGCUCUUGUUCUCUAAACUGGGAUAGUUGUAAUACAAUGGUUAAAUUGUUCUUGACAAGUGUUUCUAAAAUGUUCAAAAUUAUUUCUGGAUUUGUUUUAAAUUCUUUUCAGAUGAUUUUAAUGACUGUACUCUGUCCUGAGUGUAUUAAGAAAGUGCAAACUUGAACUGGGUUAAUGAGUAAACAUAAAUAAUACAAAAGUAUUAUUCUUCUAAAUUGCCAUAUAAUCCAGAUUAUCAAGCAGAAAAUCCACAUUAUCUCCUUUGAACCAGAUUAUAUCAGUCUUCGCUGCCAUAUAAUCCAGUUCAAAGUAGAUAAUCUGGAUUUUAUAUGGCAGUGUAGAAGGAGUGAGGCACUUUCUCAUUUCUGCAAAAGCCCCCAAGGAAGUUUACUCAAGUCUCUGUCUUCAAACCUCCCUCCUCCAUUCAUGCAAGUGUUUAUUUCCUCCUUCCUUUUACAAAGUAUCUCAUAUAGAUUAAUUCUGAAAGAGUCAGUAGCAGAUUAAUAUCAUAAGUGUGUUGUUGUAGUGAGCAAACCUAUUAUGGGGGGUUUCUUGCCAAAUCUUUUUCAGGGGUUUAUCAGAGGUUCCUCUGAAGGCACCUUUCUAUCUGAAAAUUGUUUUCUUGUAGAAUCAUAGAAUCACAGAAUCUAGUCCAGCCCCCUGCCAAGAAGCAGGAAAAUCUCAUUCAAAGCACCCCUGACAGAUGGCCAUCCAGCCUUUGUUUGAAAGCCUCCAAAGAAGGAGUCUCCACCACAGUCCGGAGCAGAGAGUUCCACUGCGAACAGCUCUCACAGUGAGGAAGUUCUUUCUCAUAUUCAGGUGGAAUCUCCUUUCCUGUAGUUUGAAGCCAUUGUUCUGCAUCCUAGUCUCCAGGGCAGCAGAAAACAAGCUUCCUUCCUCCUCCCUAUGACUUCCCCUCACAGCCCUCAU